GUUAAAUAUAAUUACAGAUUUAUUCAACAAAUGUGUUCAGUGUCGAAAAUUUAGAAAUUGACGAAUAUUCGAGGUUAUCACGUUCUUACAAUCCGAUUGAUAACCUACUGAUAAACUGCUAAUCUUUGCGUAAAAUUAGUACUCGAAUUGUUAGUAUGACCUGCAAAAAACCUCAAUACAAUUCGAUUCUGGGUCGCUGAUCUUCGACACGAAAGAGCUGCAAAGCUGAAAAUAAGAAGCAAGGAAAAUUGCUUUGAAAACCCUUAGUUUGGUUCUAGUAGAUAUCGUUGUAAGUGCCCAAUUUAAUCAUUGUGGUAGGUAAAGUUGGAAUAGUAUCUACUAAGUGCAGCUGAAAAAAUAGAUUCCCGACAGAAUGCAAGUGCUAAGUAAGCUCACUUCCGUCCCGAUCACCUGCAAGGAAUACGUCCACCCAUGGACGGAUUCGUGUGGCAUCGCCUCGGCAGAGUUUCUAAUCGUUGCCGUACAGGAUAGCUUCCGUAUCUAUUCCGCUGUUUAUAUGCUCUCUUUGGCGAUGCGUGGACGGAUUCCUUCCCUCGGGGAGCUAAAACGAACAAUCCGAGGUCUUAUCCAAUCAACGGCCUUCCUAACCAUGUCCGCCUUCAGUUACUCUGUAUUUCUGUGCGCUUUGCGUCGACUAUUCGGUUCGUACAAUUUUUACACGGCUUCAUACAUUCCGGCUUACAUUGCGGCAUUUUGCUCGAUUCUGGUGGAAAGACCAUCUCGGCGUGGACUGCUCUGUUUGUAUGUGUCGAAUGUAGCAACCGAAACUGGCUGGAAUAUGCUGAAGGCGCGUGGUCUGGCGCGAUCUGUUCCAUACGGAGAGAUUUUGAUUUUUGGAUUAUCUACCUCCAUCCUGCUUUACUAUUACCGACUGAAUCGACAGAAGGACUAUAAAGAUUCCAUGUUCGAUGUAUUUAGGUUUGCUCUUGGUGAUAGUGAGGUGAUGAAGCAGAAUGAAGACGUUGCUGCUGAAAGUAGGCGAGAAUCCAGAGGUAGAGAACGGUGUAGACGUUCUGCAACGUCAUACAGGCUCAUUCAAUUGGUAGUACGAGCUUAUUUGAAUGUGAUAUCGAGGAUCAAGUCACUUAAAAAGCACGAGUUGUGUCGACACAAGCAUAGCUGCCUGUACAAUACCCUCUCUGGCGGUGCACGGAUGUUUUCGAUUGGACUUGGAAUUCAGGUUAUAAUGAAGGUGUUAUUUCAAGCCCGGCGAAUCAUCAGACGGCCCGCGCUACUUAAACGAGCCUUUCUAAGCAAAGAGAUCCUAAAGCUUGGCAUGUUUCUAGGCGGAUUUACAUCACUUUAUAAGCUGUCGUCCUGUUUGUUGCGACACAUGACCAACAGUGAUAAGGCGAUUUAUGCCAUUCCUAGCGGACUGAUUGCCAGUGUAGCAUUUGGAUAUUACGCAGACACUACAAUUGCAUUAUAUAUAAUGUGGAAAAUGUUACAGAUGACGUACAACUGGGGUAUCGAGAAAGGCUAUGUACCAAAGAUUCCGGGUUUCACUAUGCUUUUAUACAGCGCCAGCACUGCCUUACUAUUCCAUGCAGCAACAUUAGAACCGUUGGCCUUGCGGCCCAGCUACUGGAAGUUUCUGUACUCGAUAUCUGGUGGCAGAAUCAUGGUCAUGGAUAGAAAUGGCUUCGACGUGUAUGGACUAGGCACCAGUGGCCAAAUCAGCGCAACUAGCAAACUGUGUAAUACUCCACCAGUUCUAAAGUUUCAAAUUUAGCAGCAAUUUUUAAAGAUUAAUUCAAUAUAGUAGAUAGACCGCCUAAGGUGAGGGAUUGCCUAAUAGAAGUCAGUGAUGGAUGUUAGUCGUUGUUGUAAAUGGCAAAAAACUGAAAGUUUCAAGCACAAAUGUAAUUUUAAAUGCGCAUUGCGAUUGUAGAUCGAGAAUAUGUAUGCAGCAAAACGUGAUUUCGUAGUUAGCAGGGCUUUUACAUGAAAUUUAGUUCAUAAAAAUAGUAGUAAUAGUUUAUCACUGUACUUUCAUGCUGCAGAAGCUUUCGAUUCGAAUUAUAGAUUUGGUUGAUG